AUGGCGAUCAAGCACAACCAACAGCUUCCGAACAACCAUUUCCACAAGGAUUGGCAGCGACGAGUGCGCGUGCACUUUGAUCAAGCCGGCCGCAAAUCUCGACGUCGAGCUGCUCGUCUCUCCAAGGCCGCCGCCGUCGCUCCUCGUCCUACCGACCGUCUCCGACCCAUCGUCAGAUGCCCUACGAUCAAGUACAACCGUCGCCAGCGCGCUGGUAGAGGUUUCACUUUGGCUGAGUUGAAGGAAGCCGGUAUCCCACGCAAGCUUGCACCCACAAUCGGUAUCUCCGUUGACCCAAGACGCCAAACCACGAGCCAAGAAGCCCUGAGCCUGAAUGUCGAGCGCCUGAAGGCCUACAAGGCUCGCUUGAUCCUGUUCCCACGCAAGGCCGGACAGCACAAGAAGUUGGACAGCAGUGCCGAAGACGUCAAGACCGCCUCCGACGCCAAGAAGGUCGUCUCCGGCAAGCUCUCGGCCGUCCUACCCAUCGACUCUGGUGUCGGCAUCAAGCACGGUUUCGAGGAGAUCAAGAAGACCAAUCUGCCCAAGGGCGAGGAGAAUGCCUACCGCAAGUUGAGAGUCGCCAGAUCCGAGGCCAGAUACGUCGGCGUCCGGGAGAAGAGAGCCAAGGCCAAGGCCGACGCGGAGGACAGCAAGAAGAAGUAG